UGUGUACAGUACACAGUAAAAAAAAAAAAGUCUGUGUGAAGAUAUUAAGAAAGGUGUAUAAAUUAGCUUUGCUCCAAAUGUACUGGACUGAGUGGAGCAAAAAGUAUUAGAGGCAGACUUUUAAAAUUUUGUGACUUGUGAAAUGGAACAUUUGUGACGGUGAAACAGUUGUAUAUAUGUGAAAGACUGAAAUUAUCUACAAUUACAAAACUCCUAUAGGAUUUUUCUCUGCAACUCCAACUUCUCGGCUACAAGGCACAAAUACUUUUGCACCAAAAAUACCUUCCCGGUUUCUGAAUGAAAAAGGAGCUGAAGCUGACAAUUGGGAAGGUCAGAUAAAAUAUCACAACUGUUCCUUUAAGUUACAGCGGUUACCGCAGUAAGCCUGGAGAUAUCACAGCGUGUCAAUGGACAUUAACUUCAAAACUUGUCUUCAAAGGAUCAACGUUUGUAAAAGAAAGGCUGAAACCAUCAAGAGCCUUAAAUGGCUAAAAUGUGCAAUUUCCAACCGGUAAAUAUUUAGUGGGCUACUGCGCUCGUGCGGGGAACAACUACAUCGGUUUGUUUUAGGAGCUCUCUGUAUCUCCGGGCCUAAAUAUUUAGCAUACAAAGAGCCAGCUCGGCAGACAUGGACGCCCGUUUGUUAUCAGAGAGCAGCUGCCCUCUCUGAGAUGCCGACAGACACACAGCUCGCUCUGGCCUUACCUUCAUCCACGUCUCUGGUUCGUCCCACACACGUUACAAGGACGGAGCGCGCUCACGAAUCAGCGAAUACGUCCACGAGCGGAGUCACGAUGAGAAGAAGCACUCGACUACAAUUAUCGGGUUACUACAACUCGAAUGGACUGCCUACCAUCUCCUACAAGGGCUAUUCUUAUGAAGUCUUCAGGGAGCAAAGGAGUUCUAGAUGUGCCAACUUUGGCACAUACUCGAUAGCAGACACCGUCCCUUGCAUAAACAUGGACAUGGAGAUGGAAAUGGACUCAGAUGCAGAAACCAUUCCAUACGUAGAUAUAGACACAGACUCAGAUGCAGAAACCAUCCCAUAUAUAGACAUGGACAUGGACUCCGAUGCAGAAACCAUCCCAUACAUAGACUCGGACAUAGAUUCUUACACAGAACCCAUCCGUCACCCAGGCUUGAACAUGAACACUGAAGCACGGAUGAUAGCAGAAGAAUUUCACUUUGAAAACAGAAGGAGGACCAUCAUUUGUAGACCAUUCCCCAAAACGAGACACAGGGAGAACAUUUUUUUGUUCUUCAUCACAUGCCUCCUGGUUUUUGUUCUGGCUUACCCGAUUUAUGCCAUGACCUUCCCACUUGAAGAGUCUCCUGCAUCCCUUUUUGCAGAGGACAUGGCUUCCAAUGCAUACUGCAAAGGGAAGAUAAUGGAUCCAAUAGAGCUGAUGAAGACUCUGACAACAAAUGACUACUGUCACCCACCAUAAAUUAGCAGUGCAAAUCAGAUCCGCACACAGGACAGAGCUAUGGAUAGGUAAGUAUGGAGGUAAGAACGCCUACAUGUGUACUAUCAAGCUGAAAACAUUCAUUCAAACUUGUUGUGUGAAAUCUGUAGUUUUAAAAAAUACCAGCAAAAUCAUUAGAUUUUCACUAUAAAAUGAAUUUUGGAGGGCGUAAAUCUUUACAAUCUUAAAUAUUCAUUAAUAGUUCAAUUGGAAUAAGUUAGCAUCUUUAUUUUAGUAACAAAAAUGAAAUAACUAUUUUUAGUAUUAAUUUGAGAAAGAAAGGGAUGCACAGGGGAACAGGAAGAAGAUCCAGGGUUUAAAUCCCAAUCUGAAGUCUCUGCAUGGAGUUUCCAGGUUCUCCCUGUGCAUAUGUGGGUUCUCUCCAGGUGCUCUGGCUUCCUCCCACAGUGCAAAAUCAUGACUGUUGGUUCAAUUGCUAACUCUAAAUUGCCCUUAGGUGUGUGUGGCUGUGAACUUACAUAGUUCACAGUCACACAAGCUAAUGCUUCAGUUGAUCAGUUUUAUAUGAUUAGUUUCAUAUAAAACUAAUCCAAUAAAUGGAUGUAAACUGUUACAACAGUUUUAUUGAUUCAAAUAACAGUUCAUCAGUGUAAAUCUGUCUUGACUUUGAACACCUAACAUAGCUUUACUUGACUGGUGGUAUUUUCAGUUCCUAGGAGUUUCACAACAUGAGUCAGGAUGUUUUUGUAGUCAGAUUCAGAUCCUCUGUAGGGGUAAUAGAGUGCUUAGAGUUUUUAUAGAGUUUUAGCUUAGCUUGGUGACUAGCAGCAGACCAAAUGACUGCAGGAUGCUUUGUCAUCCUCAAAGUAACUGAAUGGGUUUUCUCCAGGUGCUCUGGUUUCCCCCACCCAAAAAAAACAAAACAUGGCAACUGAUAUUUUAAAACAUUAGGUUUAGCAAACACCAAAAAUGCAAUAAAGAAAAGACAUACAUUUAACACAGGUUUGCUAAAUUAUACCUGUAAUUUCAGGACUAAUAGCUAAUGUGCUAAGCUAGACUAAAUUGGGUGAAAAUGCAAAGGGAUAAAUACAAACACACGUUGAUUUCGCAGGUACAGUGUCUUCUCUCUUCGUAUUAUUCUCUCUUCAUGUGUGUUCAGUAACAUUACACCCUCAUUAACUCUGUGUGUUCUCUUCUUAGCUCCAGAAGCCCUGGUUUGCACCUCCACUCCCCAGCCGGUCGAGGCAGAUGGCUGCCCAUCCUGAGCCUGGUUCUGCUGGAGGUUUCUUCCUGUUAAAAGGGAGUUUUUCCUCCCCACUGUUGCCCAGUGCUUGCUCACGAUGGGGG